UUUGGAAGCACUUCCGGGUUGAAGGUCCAGCGUCAAAGGAGAAGCGUAGUUUCAUUUAAAAAAAAGAAGCUGGGUUAGGGUUUAAUUUUAUCCAAAUGGCUCGUUACGAAGAAGUGAAUGUUCACGGCUAUGGUGAGUUCUGUCAGGCUGUGUCUGAUCGGAAGGGGAAGGAUGUUUUUGUUUAUUUUUCAGGUGAUAAAGACGCUGAGGGGAAGAGCUGGUGUCCAGAUUGUGUGACAGCUGAGCCAGUAGUCAGAGGACAACUGACUCACCUUCCUGAGGAUUCAGUUUUCAUUUAUUGUCAAGUUGGAGAAAGAGCUUAUUGGAAGGAUCCUCACAAUGACUUUAAGAAGAACCUGAAGUUGACUGGAGUUCCCACCCUGCUGCGAUACGGCACACCUCAGAAGCUGGUGGAAGAAGAGUGCUUCAAAGCAGAGCUGGUCAGGAUGAUGUUCACCGAAGACUGAAGCCUCCUUCGGCUGCUCGCGUCGCUCGUGAAGGAGCCGACGUUUCUGAUUAAAGUUUUACACCAGUCAUUUUCCGCACUUGUAAUUGCUGAAUGUUGAUAAUCUCCUGACCGGCUUACAAACAAAUCAACGAGCUGUCUGAUCAGUCCAAUCGUGACGCAACGUAAAGGACACGUUUAACUUUUUGUUAUCUUUGUGCAAUCACAUCAUGGUGGAUUUAAAAUAAAAAAGAAAUAAAUG